AUGGGGCACCUGGUAACUCUAGCAACAUGCAACCUGAACCAAUGGGCUCUAGACUGGGAGGGCAACCGUGACAGGAUCAUCGAGAGCAUUAAGCAGGCAAAAGCCGCCGGAGCUACUCUGCGGGUUGGCCCUGAGCUCGAGAUUACCGGGUAUGGCUGUCUCGAUGCCUUUCUCGAAGGCGAUACCUUCCUUCAUUCAUGGGAAAUGCUUUCCCAGAUCAUCGCCCACCCAGACUGCCAGGACAUUGUGGUAGAUGUUGGUAUGCCAGUUCGACACAGAAAUGUUCGAUACAAUUGUCGCGUCAUUUUCUACAACCGGAAGAUCGUUCUGAUCCGCCCUAAGAUGUGGCUGGCGAAUGAUGGCAAUUAUCGCGAAUACCGUCAUUUUACUCCCUGGCAGCGCCCCCAGGAGACGGAGGAUUACUAUUUGGAGCAGAUUGUUGGCAAAAUCACUGGACAAUACAAGGUGCCAUUCGGCGAUGCCGUGAUCAGCACACGAGAUACUUGCCUAGGCUUGGAGACCUGCGAAGAACUAUUUACGCCAAAUGGGCCUCACAUUCCCUAUGGCUUGGCAGGUGUCGAAAUUAUCUCCAACUCCUCAGGUAGCCAUCACGAGCUUCGGAAGCUCGAUACACGGCUGAAUUUAAUUACCCAGGCCACCAAAUUGAGCGGAGGUAUCUAUCUCUACGCCAACCAACAAGGCUGUGAUGGCGACAGACUGUACUAUGACGGGUGUGCCAUGAUCGUUAUCAACGGUGAGAUUGUGGCCCAGGGCUCACAAUUUUCCCUGAACGAUGUUGAAGUCGUCACGGCUACUGUGGAUAUUGAAGAGGUCCGAACGUACCGAUCCAGUGUUAGCCGUGGAAUGCAAGCAAGCAAGCAGUCACCCUUCCAGCGUAUUGAUCUUGACGUGAGACUCUCGCGCCGCACCCAAGAUGCCGAUCCCAGCCUCACAGUAUCCAUGCCUAUGAAGCCUCGCAUCCAUGCACCGGAAGAGGAGAUUGCUCUUGGGCCGGCUUGCUGGUUAUGGGACUACCUUCGGCGAUGCGGUGUUGCUGGCUUUUUCCUUGCGCUAAGCGGUGGUAUUGACAGCUGUUCCUCCUCAUUGAUUGUGCACUCGAUGUGCCGUCAAGUCAUGAAGGCUGUUAGUGAAGGUAAUGAGCAGGUUAUCAAGGACGUUCGUCGCCUUUGUGCUAAACCGGCCGAUUCGGAUUGGCUUCCCUCAUCUCCCCAGGAGAUUUGCAUGUGCAUCUUCCAUACUGCCUACAUGGGCACUCAGAAUUCUAGCCAUGAGACAAGGGACCGGGCCAAGAGACUUGCUCAAGAUAUCGGUUCUUACCACAUCGAUUUCAAUUUCGACACGGUAGUCACCGCCAUCAUGAACGUCUUCACGGUCGUCACAAACUUCCAACCACGGUUUAGAUUCCACGGCGGUGCGCCUGCGGAAAAUUUGGCUCUGCAGAACGUACAGGCUCGCAUGAGAAUGGUCUUUUCUUAUUUGUUUGCGUCGUUGCUGCCGACUGUCCGCCAACGCCCGGGCGGUGGUGGCUUGCUGGUUCUUGCAUCGUCUAAUGUUGAUGAAUGCUUGCGAGGUUACCUCACCAAGUAUGACGCUUCCUCGGCCGAUCUCAAUCCAAUCGGCAGUCUCAACAAGGUCGACCUCAAACGGUUCAUCGCCUGGGGGGUCCAUGAGUUCGAUAUGCCUAUUCUGACCGAGUUCCUCGAGGCGACCCCAACUGCCGAGCUGGAACCCUUGGCAGCCGCACAAUCCGACGAGGUUGAUAUGGGAGUUAAAUACGCCGAGCUGGGCACAUUCGGGUCCGUACCCUAUGAUAUCAAUCUGGACGACGGAUCAAGGAAAGCUAACAUCAAGUCAGCUAUCUCCGCAAAGUGGCCAAACUCGGCCCCUGGUCUAUGUACGAGAAAUUGCUCCACGUCUGGGGCAACGAGCUCAGUCCUCGUGAAAUCUACGAAAAGACGAGACAUUUCUACUACUACUAUUCGCGUCAAGCACCGCGACCACUUGCAUCCAAGCAACAUCCUCCUGCGGAUUUUAACCCUACUGGAUGAACAGCACACUGACAUGUUUCUAGCCAUCAACCGGCAUAAAAUGACGACGAUUACCCCAGCAUAUCACGCACUCGAUUACUCGCCAGAGGAUAACAGACAUGACCUCAGACAGUUCCUGUACCCUCCAUUUACCUGGGCAUACAAGAAAAUGUUGGAUAGCGUUGAGUAUUGGGAAUCGAAAGGCUGGACAACCGGGAAAGCGCAGAAGAAGAGUGUCAAGGCGGACUAA